UCAUCCCCCAAGUUUCCAGAAAGUAAGCCCCAUCAGAAAAGCUUAGCAAAAUGUCCACCAGCCGCCGCUUGGCCAAACGCUCAAUCAUUGGCACCAAGGUGUGCGCACCUGGCCACGACGGCCUCUGGUACUCGGGCGUCAUACAGGAUGUUAAGACGCCCACGUCUAUGUCCGCCACGCCCGAGCCGAUGCCGCCGCCCACCUUUCUGGCGCCAGGCGAUGCCCAGCUAAAUGCCGAUACUCGCUAUAUAGUGCGCUUUGAUUUUAAGACCCAAUCGCUAUCAGCCGCGUCUGCUAACGCGUCCGUGUCCUCGUCCUCGUCCUCGUCGUCGUCCACGUCCCCGGAAUCGGUUAUUGUGGAGACGCGUCGCGCCGCUGCCGCUGCUGCUGCCGCCGCUAACGUGCACAUCAGUCCGGCUCAGGCAUUGCGCCGCAAUGCCAUGAUCAAGGAGUUUCGCGAAUCGGAUCUCAUCGGACCCGGCUUUCGAUCCAUCAUGAGCAUUCGCUUAAAGCCCGGCCAGCGCAUCUUUCUCACCUACAAUGGACGCGAGCAGAGCGGCGAUGUGGUCUACCAUGAUGUCGCCAAAGACGAGGUGUUGGUCAAGAUAACCACAGUUGGAAAUGAGGAACCCAUCGAGCUGAAGAAGCGUCUGGAGGAAGUGCGUCUGCUGGAGUCUCGGCGCUCCGCUCGUCUGGCCGAUCAGGAUCGGGACACGGACUUUGCUCGACUGGCCGACAUGGGAGGCGAUCGUCGCCGUACCACACACAGUAUUGAUGUGCCAUUGCCGCUGACGCCGCCGAACAACUCACGGAAGCGUCCGCCAAGCGACACUUACGAUUGCAACAGCGAUCAAUGCAAAGGUGACGAGAUGAACGAAUGCAAUGCAGCAUUGAUUUUAAUGAAUCUACACAACUCGCCGAAUACAGUUCCAGAUAAAUGGCUGGGCUCCAGUCCGGGCAGCAGCUCGUCGGCCUCCUGGAGCUCCGGCUCGGCCUCGCCGCCGCUGAGCGAUGAUGGAAAUGUGCUGCACGGCCACAUCAUAUUGUCGCCGCAUGACGCGGCCAAUGCAUCGGCCAAUGCACGUAUACGCACAACCUCGGUAUCCACCUCGGACGAGGGCAUUGUCAUCGACUUCAAGGAGGAGCGCAAGAAGAAGGUGAGUGGUUGCCACACCGCAUUGGCACACUGCUCGGCAUCCCGACACUGCCAAUUGCCAAAUGCCUCGAAGAAAUUCCGUUGCACCUGGAAGGGAUGCGGCAUUGUGGAGCUCACACAAGUGAAAAUUGAGCGGCACGUGAGGGACAAACAUUUGGGCAAAAAAGCCAGACGCUCCGGCGAAUAUGAUUCCUGCAGUGAGAAUGAGCACGAAGAGGAAUUCUAUUACACAGAAGACGAAUACGAUGACGAAUUGGUCAAAACGCCUAGUCCUGCAUCUCCACCCACGCUCAGCCACCGGGACAUGGCACGUCCACCGCACGAGGAUCCAGAAUACCAAAGACAGAUCGUUGGCAACUUCAAACAAGGACGCGCUAUGAAUAGCUAUCCCCACCUCACACAGCAACAGGCACGUCAGCAACAUCACAGCAGCAGCAGCAACAACAGCAAUGGCCACAUCACAAACAUCCAGCAGCUGCAGAGCAACAACACUAGCUGCAUACCAACAUCGCCGCUGGCGCAUCACAAUUACACUUGGCCAUCCAAUGGUGCGAUCACAGUGAGCGCAUCCUCGACGAACCACCACCACCACCACAGCAGCAACACCGGCAGCGGUAGCAGCAGCAGCAACAGCAACUCGGCGAUACUCAGCAAACACGCACGCCCAUCGUCGUCGCGUCCGUCCCACUCGACAGCGCCAUAUCCAUCGCCGACCUACGCCCAUCAUCACCAUCACAAUUACAGCAAUAGCAGCAUUGGCAGCGGCGCCAGUAACAGCAGCAGCGGCAGCAGCAACACCAGCAGUAGCAACAGCAGUCCGGUCAUACACAGCAACAGCAGUGCCAACAAUAUGUUGCAGCAAUUAUCGCAGCAGAAUGUCACGGUGACGGCGCAUCAUAACCACAAUAGCAGUGGUCAGCACCACCAGCAACAACACCACCUGUCUAGCGUGACAAUCACGCCCAACUACCAUCCGCCGCAGCAGCAGCAGCAUCACCACCAACAGCAGCAGCAACAGCAGCAUCAGCAGCAACAGCAGCAACAGCAGCAACAACAGCAGCAGCAGCAUUUGCGCGGCCAGCAACAGACAACUGCCAGCAACAAUCUGGUUGCCAAUUCCGGCCAGCACAUGCAGCUCCAGCAUGUGGCCGUGCAACAAGUCGUGACCGCAGCCAGGAACACGUCCAACUCACCGAACCGACGCACACGCGGCGAGAACAAGAAAUGCCGCAAGGUAUAUGGCAUGGAGCGUCGCGAAUUAUGGUGCACUCAAUGCCGAUGGAAGAAGGCUUGCAGUCGCUUUGGCGACUGAAAGCGACAGAAAGCGUCGACGGAAGCGGCUCAGGCCCAGGCGUCGGCGAUACUGCGGCAAGGCGAAAUAUUUAAAGCAGGAGCAACGGCAACGGCAACAUCAACAGCAAUGGCAACAGCAACAGCCAC